GAGAUGAGAUGGGGAGGCACCAAGCCUCAAAUUGACAUGUCAUGACAAGGCAGAAGGACCGGUUUGUCGAAAGCUACAGUAAUUUUACUGGUUCAAGCUGCACCACAGAUAAUAUGAUGACGUUAUCUGGCGUAAAUGAGAGCUACAGCUUGAGCUAGCUAGCUUAUAUGUACCUGCAAGUUCAGCGAACUAGCAGCUAGCUUAACCUUAGCUAGUUAGCCUGCCAAGGAAAGCAAUGGCUUGAUUACAGCAUUUAGUUAGCAAACAACAUAUAUCUAGCUGCUAGUUAUUAGGUAUUAGGUGCUGAUUGCAAACGUGGAUUUCCAACAUGUACAUAGCACGUAUUUAAACAUUUAUAUGACUUGUAUAAAUUUACAUUUCAUCUUUUGUCGAGCAAACCCCCAAAACACAGCGGGCCACAAAUGGAACCAGGGAGUUCGCGUGAAAGUCCAUCCGGCUCUGGGGGUCCCGAAAUGGCGGGCCUACGUGAGGAGACCCCCGGCGAAGAGGCUGAGGAUGGGGACAACUGUAUCCUGAAAGGAGGAGGAGACGGAGGCAACGAAAACACUCUGGACAAGAUGAAAGCAGAAUGUAAGGAUGAUGCUGUUACUGGGAAAAAGAUUGAGGAUACUGAUGAAGACAAAUAUGAAGAGGAAUUGGACCCUAGAAUUCAGGAGGAGCUAGAGCACCUAAAUCAGGCCAGUGAUGAGAUCAAUAAGCUGGAGCUGCAACUGGAUGAUGCUAGGUCCAGCUACAGGAGGAUCCUCACUGACUCAGCCAGGAAGCUCAAUGCUCAGGGCUCCCAGCUAGGCACCUGCAUCGAGAAGGCCAGGCCCUACUACGAAGCCCGCAGACUAACCAAAGAGGCCCAGCAGGAGACUCAGAAGGCAGCGUUGCGGUACGAGAGAGCCGUCUCCAUGCAUACGGCUGCCAGGGAGAUGGUGUACGUGGCAGAGCAGGGGCUCCUGGCAGACAGGAACACUCUGGACCCCACCUGGCAGGAGAUGCUCAACCACGCCACCUCCAAGGUGAACGAGGCAGAGGAGGAGCGGCUGCGGAGCGAGAAGGAGCACCAGCGGGUCACUCAGCUGUGCCAGGAGGCAGAGCAACGUGUCCAGACCCUCCAGAAAUCCCUGAAGAGGGUCAUCGUCAAGUCCAAACCUUACUUUGAGCUCAAGGCUCAGUUCAACCACAUACUAGAGGAGCACAAGGCGAAUGUGGUGCAGCUGGAAGAACGUGUCGCAAAGGUGAAGAUGCGCUACUCCGUCGCCCUGCGCAACCUGGAGCAAAUCAGCGAGCAGAUCCAUGCUCAGAGGGGGCGUGUCCGAGCCACCAGGGCCCACCCCAUAGCCUGCGGUGGGCGGAGCUCCCCAGUGGGGGCGGAGGCUGAGGUCAAAGCUGCGGUCGGGGUUCAGGUUGGAGGAGCAUGUGGCGGAGGAGCAGGCUUGGAUGAGAAGGACUGGGCUGAUGGAGAGAAGACCAGGCAGUGGGUGGAGAGACACAGAGAGCAGGGCUGGGGUCACAGGAAGAGGGGGGAGGCAGGGUCAGACUCCAUGUCUGACAUCAGCCUCCAGACCAUCGCCUCGGAUCUGGAGAAGUGUGACUCGGUGGAGCACCUGGGGAAUCUGAGUGACGUGAGCAGCCUGAUGGGAGAGGACUGGGAGAGGGACCAGUCCUUUAUGGCUGAGAACAGAGACCGAGACGGGAACCCCAGGGCAGAGGAGAGAGUUGUGAGCAGCCUGAUGGGAAAGGAGAGGGAGAUGUCCUUGAUAGCUGAGAACCGAGACGGGAACCCCAGGGCAGAGGAGAGAGUUGUGAGGGACGUGAGCAGCCUGAUGGGAAAGGAGAGGGAGAGGUCCUUGAUAGCUGAGAUCCGAGACGGGAACCCCAGGGCAGAGGAGAGAGUUCUGAGGGACGUUGUCAUCCCCACUCCAAGGCAGGAUAGAUUGGAGGAGGUGAGGGGGGCGAUACGGAGAGAGAGACAGGAGAGCUUUGUCAAGCAGCACCACAGAAGUGUGAGUUUGUGAGUCCAGAAGAAUAGAAUGGGCUGGUGAGUGAUGAUGAUGAUGAUGAUGAGUGAUCAAAUAAGGGAAUGAGAUCAGAAGGUCAACAUCAUAGAAAAGACAUGGAGACUGUAGAAGCACCCUAUUCCCUAUAUAGUGCACUACAUUUGACCAGAGCCCCCCGUAGGUAAUGGGGUGUCAUUUGGGACGCUGCCUGCAUCCUUGUGACGCUGCCUGCAUCCUUGUGACGCUGCCUGCAUCCUUGUGACGCUGCCUGCAUCCUUGUGACGCUGCCUGCAUCCUUGUGACACUGCAGAGGGGAGUAAGCAGGGAGGAGGGUGGCUGGUGCAUCAUGAAUAACAACGUGAAGAAAGCGAGAAGAGGAAGUGUUAGGUGAUUUUAAACUAGGUCCCUGUGGGAAUUGUAGUUCUCUCACUCUGCUCCGUCUAUUGUGCAACACAGUAAAGAUAUCAGGGACCUGAGACUGCCAACGCAUGACAAAUCCACUGAGGCUCGUCUAAACACAAUGCUGAUGAAUGUAGAUACAGAGACCACAUAACUUACACAACGUACACUUACUCUAUUGACCGUUUCACAUGCGGGAGAAAUUUACGCAAGCAAAGCUUAUUUUAGGAAUGUUAUUUUUAUAUUGGCUUUAAUCCCUGAAUGAAUACCUUUUUCCGUAUUGAUUGAAUUACCACAUAAUAGUUUUUUUGUUGUUGCUCGUCCGUGGCAUUAAAGGUGUUAAUGCAAGCGUUACUUCUCUCUCCCUCUGGAGUAGAAAUACAAACAGGAAUAUGAUUAUUUGGAUAAGAAGGUAAUUUAUAUAAACAUUUUAUUUAGUUUUUUAGACCAGUUGUAUUGUUUUUACCUCCCAGUAGAAUGUUCUGGAAAUGUUCCCAGCAGCUAGAGGACCAACGACUCCUCAGUAGAGAAUGUGUCCGUCACUCGCAUUGAUCUAACACUUCCACAGUGUUUCUCUCUCUGACCUUUUCACAAUCCCCGUUUUCUGUCAGGAAGAAAUGUCAGCUAGCCUGGGGUUGUGUCCAAUAUUACACCCUAUUCCAUAUGUAGUGAACUGCUUUUUACCAGGGCCAUUUGGGACCUUUCCGAGAUGUUACACUGCAUGGUGGGAAAUGGUUCUAAUUAACUCCUUUAGUAUUGUAUACGCUAUAAAGAACAGUUUUUGACGAACUUCUAAAAUAAGAUUUUAAUUUGACUGAAAUGUAUUUUAAGUGCCCUUAGCCGUCCAAAUUGUAAGAUAUUCUGUAAGAGUUUAACGCGCAAAUAACCCCCGGUCGUCGAUGAUGACAUUUUUUAGUGAUCAAGAAAUCUAAAUUCUAAACCAUUUAUUAUUACAUUUCUUAACUGUCGUCCUUGAAUAGUGAGACUAUUUUGGUGAAGUUUUUUAAAAAUUGUUUUAGAUUUGAAAUAGUUUGCCAGUGUUUUACCGUAGUUAACACUGUUUAAACAUUAACUGGUAUUUUGGUAUUUCAUUAGGAUCCUCAGUAGCUGUUGCAAAAGCAGCCAUUAUUCUUCCUGGGGUCCACACAAAACAUGAAACAUAACAUUUUUUUAAUUUGUUUUUUUUUAACCUUUUAUUUAA